AUGAUUAUUGAUGAAGACUCGGAGUCCUGGGCCACCUGCCGGUCCUGUUCAGCCCGACCUGGACCGACAUGUGGUGUGGAGCAGGUGGUGGCGGUGAUACAGGGACGACGUGUGAGACCAAGGAGAGAGAGUGACCGCUAUCACCACCAACAGAUGGCCGGGACACCAGCAAAGGAGAGCCGCGCUGAUGGGAGAGGUGAUAGCCCCAGGCGGGCUGUUGAUUCCCCGAGUGCUGGUUGCAUCGUUUCUGGGCUGAUCUCGGAGAACGUGAUAAAGCACGGAGUGGUGCAAUGUUUCCCCUUCGUACUGGCGCAGACCGUCUCGCACUUUGUUAGCAGUCUGCGUUUCGGGGUCCACUGGAAGAUCUCGUGCUCCUGGUCACAUAAGGACUGCGCUGACUCUGGUUCGUCUUGCUCGGAGAACGUGUUCUCAACUUUCGUUCCGACUGUGGCGGGGGGGUCUCCGUGGACCGGGCUCGCAACGUGGCCUCUCCCGCAAAGCGGUACCGUGGACCUCUUCGACGUGGCAAUGAUAAAAUUUCAUGCUUGA